AUGGCGUGCAGGCGCGCACGCCAAUCUGCGCCUGGCGUGCGGAUUGGCGUGCGCGAGGGGGGUUGGCUUGCGGUUAUCAACCCCCCUACCCUUGCAGUUCUGCCUGUGGAUCAUGAGUUGGGGAGUUUUCUUACGGUGGAUUGGUCAAAUAUCAGAACUACGGCAGAAUUACUACAAGCACGAGCUGAGCAGUUGUCAGCAAAGAAAGAAAUGAUGGAUGAGGCAAUCAAGAAAAUCAGAACCUCCCGGAAUCAAUCUGUUCGAUAUUGGGAUAAACGGUUGGCACACCGGUUGCGGAAACCUCUUAUGCCAGGUGAGUUAGUACUGGUGUAUAAUAAGGCGUUAGAAACUCAGUGGGGAAAUCUUUUUAAGCAUAAAUGGAACGGACCCUACAGGAUCGUGGAGCAGGUAAAGAAUGGGCCAUAUAUAGUGGCAGAAUUAGAUGGCACAGUGCUUGCACGAAGCUUUGCAGCUAAUCAUAUCAAGAAGUUUUUCCCAAGGGGGGAAAUAGAACAAGAAGAAGGUGAAGAAGAAGAAGAUGAGGAAGAUGAAGAAGAAGAAGGAGACGAAGCACAAGAAGAGGAAGAAGAGGAAGAAGAAGACGGGGAAGAGGAACCAGAGGAUUAA